AUGGCCGCCAACGACAAGAAGCUUACCCAUAUCACCAUUGAAAGACGAAGCUCCAAAGACUCUCUCGACGUCAGGACACCACGUGCAGCCCGCUUCGCAGAGGCAACCUCAGUUCACUCGCCUAUUGAUCCUCCUCGGUCACCAGUCGAGUACCCAACAAACCACUACAAGCCACAGCCCCAGAUCGCCGACACAGGCUUCGGCUACAUGCAAUCAGUCGAGAUGGAGGAAACCGACCGAAGGUACCUUCCUCCCCCAACGCCAAAGACGCCCCUCAAGAGCGCCUUGAAGUCUCCUGGCGCUCCUCCACGGACACCAGCCGGCGCAAUGUCCAUCAUGAGCCCUACUUUUAGGGAAGAGCAGCAGCUUGAGAAGCGCGAGGCCCUGACUGAAAAGGAGCAAGCAAAGGAUCUAAAAAUCAAAGUACGCGUGCGAUUAGCAAAGAUCUUCCUCCGAGGCGUCAACUUUGCCUGCUCUCUCAUCGUUCUCUCCAUGGUUGCAACCGCAUUUGCCAUUUUCAACGCCACCAAGACCCUGGCUCCACGCAACGGUCUGCCUCCAUGGGCUAACAACACCAAAACCUGGCCUCAGAUCCUCCUGUUAACCAUUGCUUGCAUUUCCCUGGUCAUGUCCAUCCUUGUCAUCAUCGCCUACUGGAGAGGAGGUCACCAUCGGGCCGAAAAGGUAGCUGCUUACUACACUGUAUUCGCCGUUGGAUUCUUCAUCUUCAGCAUCGUCAUGUGGGGUGUUGGUGCAGCCGUCUUCAAUCAAAGUAAAGCGCAGAACAACAAGACAUGUGGGAACUGGGCUCUUGUCUGCUGCAUCAUCGAAGUCGUCAUCGAGGUCCUCGUCAUUGCCAUUUACGGAAUUGUGUUCUACCGCUUCUGGUCCAAGCGCAAGCUCCGCAAGUCCAUGGCCAUGCGCGACCGCGCUCGUUCGGAUCUUUACCUUGCUCAACUGCGCUCCCAGUCCGCUCCCAACACGCCUGGUUUCGGCCCAAUGUCUCCUCGCUCUGGCGGCUGGCGCCCACCACCAGGCCACCCAAUGUACGUGGACCCGCACUCUGCGGCCGAGAAUGGCGAGAGCGACAAAGUGCAGUACGCAUAUGCACGUGAAAUUGCUCAGCCCCAGCCCUUCACCCUCCAGGCGCCGCCUAUCAAGGUCACCAGUGCGACUCCCAAGGUUGAGCAAGAAGGCUUCGAGGCGCCUGCUCGCACAAACACCGUUUCGCCACCGCUUCCAUCCCCAGCAUUCCAGGAAAGGAGAAACGACCACGUUGCUGCUGCGCCAGGCGAACAGCAGUACGCUGCUGUGCCCAUCCCUGGUGCAUACACACCGCUAGCAUCACCCUCAUACCCACCACCACAGCAACAGCAGCCUCAACCAGCUGCUGGCUUUGACUUUGGUCCAAACGUCACUGGCCAACGAUAA